AUGAAGUCUUUUAUUGCUACGUUUGUAACUGCGUUAUUGGUGUUAGUUCAAUUCACCAAUGGUUUACAUUUCUAUUUGAAAACUGGUGAAACUAGAUGCUUUUAUGAAGAAUUAAGUCAGGAUACAUUAGUCGUUGGUAAAAUAGAUGCCACUGAAUUGACCAACAACGGAGAUUAUGUUAAAAACCACAAUUUGCAAUUGCAGAUUACUGUUGAAGUAAGUACUUGAUUUAUUUGGUGAAAUUCAUAUGUUAUGGUAAAUGAUGGGCAUAAAACUUGGGGAAGUGCCGAGCUAGGUGAAAAACUAAGUGAAAAACUAGAUGAAAAUAUAGCAUGAAUUACUAACAAGGUGUAGGAAACCUUUGAUAAUGACCACAAGGUUGUAGACCAAAAGUCUAAUCCAAACGGUAAAUUUACUUUCACAUCUUUGGAUUCUGGUGAGCAUAAAUUCUGCUUAACUCCAAAGUACUCGGAUGGUUCUAGUAAUAAGGCACACCGUAUUUUCUUUGACGUUGCAACAGGUUCUUCCCAUGACUACAUUGACUCCAAGUCCACCCACAGGGUUGAUGCCUUAACUUUGAAGGUCCAAAAUUUAAACAAGAAGUUGGAAGAAAUCCACUGGGAACAAGAACACAUGAGGGAAAGAGAAGCUAUAUUCAGAGACCAAUCCGAAACUACCAACUCGAGAGUUGUUAGAUGGUCUAUUAUUCAAUUGCUUGUCUUGAUUGGAACCUGUGUCUACCAAUUACGUCACUUGAAGGGUUUCUUCGUUAAACAAAAGAUUGUCUAA